AUGGAGGCACUAAAUCCAACUACACCAUUAUUCAAAUAUGACCAAAAAGGGACAGAAACUGAUAAUAAAAGAUUUACAACAACAAUAUCACCAACUAAAUCCCUAGAAAUACAUAACAGUAUAGAGCAACAUGAUCUUACGCCUAUGCUUCCCCGAAAUAAUAUAACUGCUACAUCUUUAGCUACAGCUAUUGAAUCCUUUGAAACAGCACAAUCCCAUAGAAGUUACAUACAAGAAACUCAAGAAACUGAUCAACACGUAUUUCAUAAACUAUUGAAGGGUGGUCCCACAUCGAUGACACCUCAAUUAAACAGCAAAGACUUCGAUAACAAGUCCGGCUAUAACCCUGAUGAUACUACACCAAAGAUUAAUAAUCAAUUCCUUGACACGAUAAAACAACAAAACACACAUAAUAUAUCUACAGAAAACCUCGGAUUAGGAAUAAUAACAAGCGGCGACAGUCUGAAACAAAAUACUAAAAUCAACAAUACUAACGAACUUGUAGAUACCAUCAGAGCUUCAAUAACCAAGAGAGAUACAAAACUGGGAUCUGAAAUACAACGUAUAAGUGAACAAAGAGAAUUUACCGGAGAAGAUACCCUAAAUACGCUCGAUUACUCUGAUGAUGAUUUAGAUGAUGAAACAGUUAAUAAUAAAACACAUUUAGAUGAAAUUUCCAACUACACCUAUUUAUUUAUUAUAGCAACACAUUCUUUUAAUGUACAGGAUCUAGAAAAUGAAGAAGAUGCAGGCAUCUGCCUAUCAUUUCAAAAAGAUGAUUAUGCUUUUGUGCAUAAUGUUGACGAAUCUGGUUGGGGUGAAGUGACCCUUAUCAGCACCCAAAUGAGAGGCUGGGUACCCUUUAACUAUUUCACAGAUAUCAUAGGCACCUCCAUAAAAAGCGACGAUCUUAAAUUAAGACCCAAAAAUAUAACAUAUUGGGAAGACGUAAUAGAUUCUAGGCUCCCAUUACAAAAACUUCUAUAUUCAGCAGCGAAGUUUCUUAUUAACCCAAAAUCACACAAAACAACAUAUAACAACGAUACAUUCAAUAUUGAAGAUAUUAAUGAUAUACGAGAUGGUGUAAAAUCACUACUAGAAAUGACUGAAGCAGUAUCCAGAUCAGAUGAAAUUGUUCAAAAAAGUGACCCAGUAAGAAGAGGAAGAAAAAAAUUGUUAGCUGACUGGUAUAAUUUGAUGAUAAAGGCAGACCAGCAUAAAAAUACUACGUCCGAAAAAGAUAUAGCCAACCUUGUUAAAUUGGUCUACGAAGUUCUGCGGAAAGCAUUCAACUUUUACAAGGUUUGGUCAACUGAUAAAACUUUGGUAGAGAAUAACAAAUUAAAUGAACAUUCAGAUACUAGUGGCAAAACUGAUAAUAAACAGAUCCAAUCAGUUAAUAUGAAUUAUCUUCCACAACCCCCAUAUGCAAUUCAAAGAUUAAACGAAAUUCACGACAUACUAUUUACGUACUCAAGUCUUAUAUUGGGUCGUUUAGAUUUGAUAGAACAUAACCCAGUUGGGUGUGAAACUUUGGAAUUGAUGGUUCAUCAAAUCAUCAUUCUUUUAAGAGAACUUCUUUAUAUUAGUAAGUCAUGUUCUCAGAUAAUGCAACAAAAAUAUAACAAUGCAUAUGAGAGUAUUAUCGAUAAACAUCUAGAUCCUCUACUGGCUUUGGUAUCCGAACUGGUGUCCUGUAUCAAGGUACUUGUCACGCAAACAUUACAAGAUGACUUAUACAAAACUUCACAACCUAAACCUAAGAAAUACGAUAAUUUCACUGUUAAAGAAGGUAUAUAUCAUUAUACUUCUGAAGGUAAGCAUCUAAUCAAGAUUAUAUCUACAAUGACUACUUCGAUAUCUAACACCCUAAGCGGAUGUAAUAAUUAUCUAAGAGUGAUAGGUAAUUUUAGACUGGGGGGCGAAAGACAAUAUACAGAUUUUAACAGUAUCAAAAUCACCGCUGAUGAAUUUGUAAAGAGAUGUCUAGAAGGUUUAGCAAACUCAAUCGAUGAAGACAAGGUAAAAAACAAGAUAAUGAAUAAUGAAGAAACGAAAAAAACCAACAAAUAUCACAGUAUCAUUAGAUUUUCUUCUAUCAGAGUGGGUGUUAAUAACGACGAAAAUACUAAUAGCAAAAAUAUCGGUUUAACCCCAGAAGGUUCCCAAUUCCUAAAUGAAAUACUAAACCCUGAUCACAAAGAAUUUAGUAGAGAUUCGACAUUUGACAAAUUUAAGUUAGAUGACGAAACAUGGUCCCAUAAUGAUGACAACGUUAAUUCCAACAAUAUUCUUUCUUCGGAACUGCUUUACGAUAAAACUGGAAAUCUAAUUGGCGCUUCUUUUAGGGCUCUACUCUAUAAAUUAACUGACGAACUCGAGAAACCAAGUACUCUUCUUAUGUCUACGGUUUUAUUAAAUUAUAGAAAAUUUGCCAAACCAAUAGAUUUGGUAAAUAAUUUGAUAAACAGGUUCGAUGUGGAGGAUAAAAGCUCCCAAUUCGAAUACGACUCCAAAAAUGGGAAUUACUCUUCAAGGGCAUCUAGACUUAAGAAUAGAAGACGUAUGGUAUGCAAAGUUAUCAGCGUGUGGAUGGAUAGUUUCUGGGAUCAUUACAUUGACUGUGUAGUUUUACCUACUUUGAUUAAUUUUUUUAACGAAGCCGUUGUGAAUUACUUGCCAAUAGAAUCUAAGAAACUAAUACUUUCUGCCUCGAAACUGUUCUCCAAGAUUCAAUUUUCCGAACCUGUUAAUAAAAUUACACCUUCACAAAUUGAGUUAAAUGAAACGUAUACUGACCAUUGGAAUACUGAUGAAUCAUCUACAACAAUGAAACAGCUAUUACCUAGAUCUAUGUCUCGGUCUAAGACUACAUCCAUCAUUUCUACCAGUUCUUCUUCAUCUAACAACACAAACUCUUCGUUUUCGCUUGAUGAGAGAUUAAUUGAAGAAUAUGGGCUCACAAAUGUUCAAAAUACAGAAAAAAAUCUAUUAUCGUUACCAUUACCAGUCCUAAACCUAGGUACAUCGACAUUAUUAACUAGUGAGAACAAACAUACUAUAAAAUCUAUCUUAGAUUCUUAUAUACCAUUCAAGAACGGUUCACCUCCUCUUAUAAAUCACCAUGGGAACAACAAUACAAUCGGUGAUUUGGUGACAAAUUGGGACGGCCUUGAGACUUUAACGAACAUAUCAGAUAUUGAUAACUCUAAGUUAGAUUCUAUUAAAUUUAAUAUAACUGAUAUGAAUCCUUUAGAAAUUGCAAAACAAAUAACUUUAAUUGAGUCAUACCUUUUCAACAACAUUGAACAAUUCGAGCUAGUGAACCAUAAAAAUCUAAAUCUAUGUCCACAUAUUAUGCUUGUGAUGAAUUUUACAAAUCAACUUUCAAACUAUGUUAUUGAAAGUAUAUUAGAAGAAAACAUCUCAUUGAGCUUCCGAGUCUCGAGACUUAAUGUAUGGUUGAGAAUAGCACUUUCUUCACUUUACUUCCGUAAUUUUAAUUCAUUGGCAUCAAUCAUGACUGCAGUUCAGAGUCCAUCGAUUUCAAGAAUCAAACCAAUAUGGAAUUCCUUAAACAAUAAGGACAAAAAAUUGUUUGAGUACCUUGCUAGGAUAGUAUAUCCAAAUCAUAAUUACAAGGUCUAUAGAGAAAAAUUGAAACAGAUUACUGAUGAUGCAGAGGCACUAAAACCAUCAUUACCAACGGUUCCAUUCUUUAAUAUAUAUUUACAAGAUCUAACAUUUGUUGAAGAUGGUAAUCCAAACUUCAGGAACCCUGAUUCCUUCAGACCUAACAAGCUAGUGAAUGUAGAUAAAUACACGAGAAUUACCAAUAUCAUAAAUUCUGUUGAAUUACUUCAAAUUGAUUACGAUAAUGAUUUUGAUACCAAUGGUGGUUAUAUUGCAAGUAAUGACAGCGUGGAUAAGAGAGACUCCUUUUUCAACAUCACAGAUCAAUUAACUAUCGAAACUAAUUUUAUUACACCGGCAACAGACUUGCAAAAUGUUAUAUUGUCUGAGCUAUGGCGAGUAAAUAGACCAUACAAAUCCAAUCCAUCAAGAGGUUAUGAUCUAAGUUUGAAACUUAUCCCAAGGACAUAA